CAUACUAAUUCCUGGUCUGGGUUCUUGACUUUUUUUGGUUAUCAUUCUUCAAUCAGAUUUUCCUUGAAAUUGGGUCCAAGACCUGAAUCCCAGUACUAGAAUCCAAAUUGGAUUUUUUUUUUCUCCUAUUUUUCACCUGCAAUAUCAGUUUCAGCUCUGAAAAUCUGAUCUGGGCUCUUCCGAAUAUCCCAAAUCUUCCAAAAAUUAGCUCCAAAGAUCUUAGUAUUGACCCAUUCAUCUCUCUUGAAAGUGUGAAUUCGAGGUGUACGUAGAUAUGGGUAUCUGUUUCGGCAAGGACAAGGUUCCAGAACCAAGUAAACCAAGUGCUAAUGGGUACAGAUCAGUCGGCAGCGGCGGCGGUGGCGAAGGGGGAGGAGGUGUGGCAAGGCAUCAACAGAGAACUCAGCCUCCUGUGCUUCAUCAGCCUAAAGCUCCUGCCCAGCAAAUCCACACAGUACCGGAAAAGCGAUCGGCCCCUUCACAUCCGCCUGCCCUUUCUCCAUUAAAGCAGCCUUCUCCUUAUGCUGUUGUUCACGAGCCAGAUACCAUACUAGGAAAGCCAUUUGAGUCUGUGAAAUCCUACUACACUCUUGGCAAAGAACUGGGUAGAGGCCAGUUUGGUGUGACUUACCUCUGCACGGAGAACUCGACUGGCCACACUUAUGCCUGCAAGUCAAUAUCAAAGAGGAAGCUUGUUAGUAAGAACGAUAAGGAAGACAUUAAAAGGGAGAUUCAGAUAAUGCAACAUUUAUCUGGGCAGCCUAACAUUGUGGAAUUUAAGGGUGCUUUUGAGGAUAGGCAAUCUGUUCAUGUGGUGAUGGAGCUGUGUGCAGGUGGGGAGCUCUUCGAUCGGAUAAUUGCGAAAGGGCACUACUCUGAGAAGGCAGCUGCCCAUACAUUCAAGUCCAUUGUUAACGUUGUCCAUGUCUGCCAUUUCAUGGGUGUGAUGCAUCGAGAUCUGAAGCCCGAGAAUUUUUUGCUCUCAAGUAAGGGCGAAGGCGCUAUGCUGAAGGCCACCGACUUUGGGUUGUCUGUCUUUAUUGAGGAAGGUAGGGUGUACCGAGACAUAGUAGGGAGUGCUUACUAUGUUGCUCCUGAAGUUCUGAAGCGUAGUUAUGGGAAGGAAAUAGAUAUUUGGAGUGCUGGAAUUAUAUUGUAUAUUCUACUCAGUGGUGUUCCUCCUUUCUGGGCUGAGACGGAGAAGGGAAUAUUUGAUGCAAUAUUAAAAGGUUAUAUAGACUUUGAAAGUGACCCUUGGCCAUCCAUAUCAAGCAGUGGCAAGGAUCUGAUUAGAAAGAUGCUAACACAAGACCCCAAAAAGCGGAUUACUUCUGCACAAAUUCUUGAGCACCCAUGGCUGAGAGAAGAUGGAGAAGCAUCUGAUAAACCAAUAGACAGUGCAGUUCUCUCUAGGAUGAAGCAAUUCAGGGCGAUGAAUAAGCUCAAGAAGCUUGCACUGAAGGUGAUUGCGGAAAAUCUUUCUGAAGAAGAAAUUAAAGGGCUGAAGGCAAUGUUUGCUAACAUGGACACAGACAGCAGUGGUACAAUCACUUAUGAAGAAUUGAAGACAGGGUUGGCUCGACUUGGAUCAAAGCUUUCAGAAGCUGAAGUUAAGCAACUAAUGGAAGCUGCUGAUGUUGAUGGAGAUGGUUCAAUCGACUACAUUGAAUUCAUCACGGCUACAAUGCAUAGACACAAGCUAGAACGGGAUGAGCAUCUAUUCAAAGCCUUUCAGUAUUUUGAUAAAGAUAGUAGUGGGUUUAUUACGAGAGAUGAAUUGGAAACAGCGAUGAAGGAGUACGGAAUGGGCGAUGAAACCAGCAUCAGGGAAAUAAUACAGGAGGUGGACACAGAUAAUGAUGGUAGGAUCAACUAUGAGGAGUUUUGUACAAUGAUGAGAAGUGGAACGCAGCAGCAGCAUCCAAUGAAACUUCACUAGUUCAACUUAUCAGUGGCUAUGUACGUUUGAACGAGUUUGUGUAUUACAUUUAAUUUGAUGACUAUGCAUACCAAACUAUGAGAGCAACUCAACAGCCGAACGGUCUCAUUGGAGGUCUAAUUUGUGUUGCUGACAUUCAAUGGAGCCUUUCAUAAAUGUUCUUCGGAAACAGAGGAUCAUUUCCGUUGUUUGUAGUUGAAAAAUGUAGUCUUUGUGCAUAAUCUAAUUUCUAGGUUCUUUUGUUUUACUGUGCUUGUAUUUCUUCAUCAUGCCUUAAUAAGAGGAGAUUUCCUUUUCGGGAUGA